AAUGAAACAACGCUGUGGCUGCGACAUACGGGGUGGUCUCGCUUAUUUCACAACCGGUCGCUCGCCAUCAUUGCGGCUGCAGCAAGGAAGCCUAAACCAGCAUGGAACGAGGAUUAUCCAUUAGGUCAAUGGCACGAUGAACCACUCCGAAGUCCGGCCGCCGUAGAAGCCCAGCUACGAGUUAUACUUGGCGGCAUCAACCUCAUGAUCGAUCGUGCAACAUUCACGCUCCUAAAAACCUCAUCCAGGUCUCGAUGUUGGAUGAAUACGUAUUGGAAAGACAACUUUUGGCCUCACGAGUUCAGGAUUGUAGGAUGCCUGAGAAACUAUGUUGAUAUAUGGAAACGGUUCAUUUGUUACAUGUUCAGAGUUUCCAAUUUCGAUACACACCAACAGCGCGAAAUCUUCAACUUGCGACUCCGAAGGGAUGAAACUAUCAUGAUGCGUCAUAUAUUAUAUCUGGUCUCUCUUUUGUAG